GAUAGGCUCCACGUUAACAAAUAUGUGACAAAGUCGUUUCCUUUCAUUUUAUGACUCGUUCACCGCAUAGUCAUUACUGGAAAGUCAAGUUAGCAGCAAGCUAGGUCAGGAACCGGAGGACCGAAUCACUGAACGGGAAGUGACAAAACUCAGUCUUUCCCCCCUGCCUGCACGCUGGCUGCUUAUUGGCCACACGUGGAAAUGAGUGACAUACGCCAUGAUUCUGUUUCCGCUCCCUCCCCUGCCCGCGAUGAGGCUGGCGUCUGAUUGGUCGUGUGCGAUGUCAGAAGACGCUGCCGCUUGCUCAACGCCCUCCCACGCAGCGAACAAGCGCCACCAACUUCAUAGAACGAAUCAGUGCAGAUGGUGAUUAGUUCGGUCUCGUUCACCCAAACAAUUCGUUCAAAAAGAACGAAUCGUUCGCGACCGAUACAACACUACCACACACACUCUUACCCUUGCGAAAAAUAAAACGUGCUCAGCAACACGCUGCUUUUUGUGCGGAGUUAACCCACUGAGUAGGUUCGCGACGCAGGAGGUUCAGAACUACUUGACUGGAACCGUCCAUUUUCAAGUGGUCUUUGUGCGCGUUGAAGCUUCGGAGCCUAGUUCGCUUAGCUUAGCUUAGCUUGCGAACACAGAACAACGUGGUUCAACGCUUGAACAUCAAGUUGGAGCCCCCUAAAGUGUGUAAAAUGCGCCCAAGAAGGACGCCAGCCGCAAAGUUCAAGGCGGAACUUUGUGGCGCAAAAGAUCAGCGUCAGCAUCAACUCUCGACUGCUUGCAAAAUGCAAGUAAAAGUUGUUCUUCGCAGACUACCAGAUCUAUAUGUCAGCCAAGCCCAUCGUCCUGAGCACCAAGAGUCUGCACGCAUCAAGGAAAAGUCUGGACCCAUCCAAGGUUUCAGCAAAUAUCUUGGUCCUGAUGCUCAACAGCUAAAGAGAGAAGUACAACUUCCAAUCAAAAAUGAGGGAGAGCUGCCAUACGUUAAAAAGAAGGACGAUAUCACCAUGUCGACUGGUGAGCCCUUGAAUAGCGAGGAUGGUCCGAGUAAGGCCAGCAGAGCGACGGAGCCUCCAUGCAGCAGCUCAACAGAAGGAUCACAAGCACAAAUUUUUAUCGCACCAUCAGAUAGAAAUGGCGCUACAUCACACUCACCUUACAAAGAUGAUGGUCAGAAAAAAUCUCACCGUGGGAAAACCUUUGCUAAUAUCGAUUCCCUUCGUACGCAUAUGAGGGUCCACACUGGUGAAAAUCCUCUUGUCUGCUCAGUUUGUGGUCAAAAAUUCACUCAGAAGAGCAACUUAGACAGACACACAAGAACCCACACUGGUGAAACACCUUUAUCCUGCUCAGUUUGUGGUCGAGGUUUCGCUAAAAAGUUUAAUUUAAAAAUACACAUAAGAGUGCACACCGGAGAAAAACCUUUUUCCUGCUCAGUUUGUGGGCAAAAAUUCGUUCAAGCGCAACAGUUGAAAAGACACACAAGAACCCACACUGGUGAAAAACCUUAUUCCUGCUUAGUGUGUGGUCACAGUUGCGCUGAAAAGAAAAACUUACAAGCACACAUAAGAACCCACACUGGUGAAAAACCUUUUUCCUGCUCAGUUUGUGGUCAAGGAUUUACUCAAAUUCCCCACUUAAAACUACACACAAGAACACACACAGGUGAAAAACCUUUUUCCUGCUCAGUUUGUGGUCACAGUUUUACUCUGAAGAAAAACUUACAAGUACACACAAGAAUCCACACUGGUGAAAAACCUUUUUCCUGCUCAGUUUGUGGAAAAAGAUUCAAUCAGAAGAGCGCCUUAAACACACACACAAGAACCCACACUGGUGAAAAACCUUUUUCCUGCUCAGUUUGUGGUCUAGGAUUCAGUUUUAAGAGUUCCUUCAAAGCACACACAAUAACCCACACUGGCAAAAAACCUUUUUCCUGCUCAGAUUGUGGUAAAGAAUUCAGUUAUAAGAGUGCCUUAAACACACACACAAGACUCCACACUGGUGAAAAACCUUUUUCCUGCUCAGUUUGUGGUCAAGGAUUCACUCAAAUUUCCCACUUAAAACGACACACAGGAACCCACACUGGUGAAAAACCUUUUUCCUGCUCAGUUUGUGGUCACAGUUUUACUCUGAAGAAAAACUUACAAGCACACACAACAAUCCACACUGGUGAAAAACCUUUUUCCUGCUCAGUUUGUGGUCACAGUUUUACUAUGAAGAAAAACUUACAAGCACACACAAAAAUCCACACUGGUGAAAAACCUUUUUCCUGCUCAGUUUGUGGUGUAGGAUUCAGUCAUAAGAAUUCCUUCAAAGCACACACAAGAACCCACACUGGCAAAAAACCUUUUUCCUGCUCAGAUUGUGGUAAAGAAUUCAGUUAUAAGAAUGCCUUAAACAGACACACAAGACUCCACACUGGUGAAAAACCUUAUUCCUGCUCAGUUUGUGGUCAAAAAUUCGCUCACAAGUAUUGGCUUAAGAGACACGCGUGUAUUGGUGUGGGAAGCAAUGGCCAAUGAUUGUUUCGCAUGUCAUCCAUGCUGCCUUCAUCAGAUUGUAUACGCAGGUCAAUUAUAGACUGUAGUUUCCUCAAAUCCUGUUGAGGAUUGGCAGUAUUGGUGUCUUAAUUGUGCUUGUCCAAUCCUUCUAUGAUGUGGAGCGACAGUAUUGCCAAAAGUAUUGGCUCACCUGAAUUUAACACUCAAGUUGAGUGACAUUAUUUAUACAACCCUCCUCCUCUUUCAACUACACUUUUCACAGCUAAUAUUUGAAACAGUAGACCCCAAAUUAAAAAAUUUAUAAAUCAUUCAUCAAUAUUAUAAUAACAUAAAUAUGAAAAAUUAUGAUUGGCUCACAAAUGUUAGUUUUUUGGGGGUAUGGGUGAUUAUAUAAAUUUUAAAAAAGUUACUAUUACUACUCUUGAUUGACAGUGACAUAUUACGACAGUUUUGGGGCCAAAUAAAGGGAGGGGAAAAUAUGACUACAAGAUUAAAGUUGUACUCUUACUACAAGAAAAGUAUUUUGUGAGGGUAAUAUAGUUGAAUAAGGGACUACGCACUUAAUGUAAAUGUACCGUAGCUGGGAGCUCCGACAAAGCAACAAUAAAAUACUUCCAUUGAUUAUAAUUUGGUGUAGAUGAGCAAAAGGAUCAGAUUUCCUUGUUUUGGAAACUGUUUCUAAAACACAGCCUCACAAGAUAUUUUCAUUAUUGUUGACUUUAGUGGAGGUGGCAAAGCACUACAGAAAGUACGCGGUUGCUUAUUCAGCUACAUUACCCCUAGGUAACAGGAUGACUUUUUUUCCCCCCUCAUACUACCAGUAUGACUAUAAUCUCUUAGUCCUUUUUUCUAUAUUUUGGUCUAAUACUUUGUCGUACAAAUUGGACAGUGAUAUUAAAAUUGUUUGUGCUUUUAAUCAUUCCGGCCCCCCUUCGAUGAAAAUCUCUCGACUUCUGCUUCGAACUUUAAAGUGCUUGGACUUGACUGUGCUUGUUAAUUUUAUUCUCUAUAAACAACUUGUUUUUAUUCAGUCCUAGCCUUCUCUUCUCUUUGUUCAGAACAAGCCUAUUUAUAAUAUUAUAACUCAAAGCUACGGUUGUAACUAAAACUGAUACUUCGUUACCAAGUUGAUUCUAAGAUUGAGAAAAUGUGAUGGGACUGCCUUUUCUGCAAUACCAGAAGUAUCGGCGGUAACGACGCGGAAGAUCUGGCCGCUUCUUUUGUGUGACAUACGAGGCUGUACAAGUUGCCCGGCAAGUGGUCAAUUACACUGCUGAAAGGGGUGUUGUAAAUGCGCUGUUAUAUGGCAACCAACGCUGUGCUAAAGAACAAAAAAAACAAUCAAUGUAUGCAUCAUGGCAGUGACAUGUGCAUUUACAUCAUUUUUUUUGUUUGGUUUUAUUUUACUUUUUUUAGUUGAACCCUUUCACACCUAAGCCUAUUUUUUUUCCCAAAUCUGCAUACCUUUGAUAUUGCCUUUAUAUAUAUAUAUUUUUUUUAAAUCACAAUUGCCAGAUUGGGUUCCUUUUUUAGGACACUAUAACCUGUCCGUCCAAACUGUCGUUUUCUUCAAUCAAUUAUAACCAACAUUUUGGACCCAAAGAGACACAAAAAAAAAAAAUCAAAACAUUUUUGUCAAAAUUUGUAAUAUUGAUGUCCCAUUGGCAACCAAACAUGCUCGACGAAACGUUUUUAGGCCUGAUAUUUAUUCAACUUGUUAGUAUAAACAUUCAACAGAAAAUAACAAGACAAUAGUUUUAUAUUUGAUAAUUCAACAAAAACACCAGGUAUAGUAAAAGGCCUUUUUUUCCCUUUCUACAUAUUAUGGUCAAAACAGGUAAUAUACAGGAGACAAACAGUGCAAAAUAGUGACUAUAUAUAUAUAUAUAUAUAUAUAAUAUAUAUAUAUAUAUACACACACACCUGUAUGUAUAUAAAUAUGUAUAUAUGUACAUUGCCCUCCAUAAUUAUUGGCACCCCUGGUUAAGAUGUGUUUUUUAGCUUCUAAUAAAUUUUUUUUAUUCAAAUAAUGUGGGACCUUGAUGGGGAAAAAAAGAGCAAAAUCCAACCUUCAAUACAAGUGCAUUUAUUCAGUGGGGAAAAAAUCCCACAUAAAGAAAUAAUUAUUUGCCCCCCCUGGUGUUAAUACUUUGUACAACCCCCUUUUGCCAACAAAACAGCACCUAAUCUUCUAUAAUGUUUCACAAGAUGGGAAAACACAGAAAGAGGGAUCUUCAGCCAUUCCUCUUUGCAGAAUCUCCUCUGUACUUUCCUCUUCAGCUCACCCAGCAACAGAUUUUGAUUUAAAAUGUCCUGGUAUUUCAAAGCAUUCAUGAUGCCAUGCACCCUAACAAAGUUCCCAGGGCCUUUGGAAGUGAAACAGCCCCACAGCAUCACUGACCCACCCCCAUACUUCACAGUGGGUAUGAGGUGCUUUUCAGCAUGCGCAUCUUUCGUGGCACACCAGACCCACUAAGAGUUGUUUUUUUUUUU